UUGGCCAAAGCAGCACGCGCGUUCCGAUAGUUCCGUGGCAGUCGAAUACCAUUUCCAGAGUCCUACAACCGUACUAGAAGCAGAGCGAAGCAGUCGCCAGCCAGGGUGGCAGCCGCAACGGAAUCGACCGCCGAGCUCGGAUCACGCCGUGUGGAAUUUGUUUCCUGUCCCCCCCCCCCCCCCUUCCCAACCCGGUGUGGUGGUCGACCGCAAGCCGCGCUGGAAAAGUCCAUUUAGGAAAGUGAAUGUGUGCGUGAUUCAAGUGCUCCAAGUAAAAACUUGGAAUAACUCCUGUCAGAGUUGAUGGAGAUCCGUCGGUUUUCGAAGGUUUUGCGUGCGUUUCGGGGAGGAAAUUGAAUUACUAUUUGUUGGUGUCUCGGGCCGAAUCCCAGCAUUGCGGUGUCGUGAAAAUCGAAUCGCGGAAUGCCAGCGGCGGCUUCGCUUGUAAGCCCAGGAGUGUGGAAAGUCGCGUAACUCAAAAAAAAGCAAGAAGAAAAAAAAACGCGUCGCCAUCCGGAGACGUUUCAGGGCGGCAGAAACACAUGUCCACACUGCAGCAGUAGUGGAAGCGUGAAUCAUAUGGUUUCUUUGACGAUUGUCAAACUGGCGAUGACGGAGUUGUUGGUGCUUCGGAUGAUGAUCGUAACGAUGAUGAUGAUAUGUGGAUAGCUUGCGAUUAUAUAAAGGAAGAGUGAAAAACCUGUGCAUGUUGCAGUCCCCGAAGAAGCAGCAGCUCAUCACGAAAAGCGCAGCCUCGCAGCGUGAGCAGACGACAUCUCAGUGGAAAAUUGAACCGCCACCGUCGCCACCGAAGCGAAUCCUUUUCCGUCUAAUUGGAAACUCAGUGAGGCACCAGCGAAAGCCCCAAGUGUGGUGUUGCGAGGCCUAACAACAACAGCAGCAACAACAACUACAACAAAUGAUGCAAUGGCGACGAGUGCCCGGGAAGGAUGAAGUCAAGUGACUGUUGUUUCGCACCAAUCACAAACGUGCUCAACGACGGAAUGGAUGAAGAAUCAAAGGAUUUAGCGUCCCAUUCCCGCCGGUCGUGAUAGUGAGAAGAGUGAUAAGGAGAAGUGGAAGAAGCAGAAGAAGAAAACAAGAUCACCUGAUGUUUCGUUUGUUGCCAGCGGCAAGAGGACGCGAAGACGAAUAGCAAAAUAAAUUAAAAGCAAGAGAAGCAGUCAUCGUGUGCAACCAAAGUGCUCUAAUUAUGUGAAUUAGUUGAAAAUAGCAAGCAGCUUACGGCUUAAGAAUACCUAGAGUUCGAGCUUGUGAUAAGAAGCAAAGUAGAGUAGAGAAAUUUAGCGGAUCCUGCACCGUAGGAAUUAUCAUCGAUUAUUAUUAAUAAGCCACGAAGAAAGGGCAAAUAUUAAUACAAUCAUUUCGCUACACAAAUUAGUACCACACAUAAAAUAAUUCAAGUUCCACAAUACUAGCGCUCGUUUUUUCUAGUGAACUCCUAUUAUUCCAUUCGUUACACACUCUCUACUAGUGAAAAUAGCCAAUAUCAUAGCAAAUCGAGUGUAAUUAAAAUAAUAGUGUAAAAAUGCCUGUCAGAAGAGGACACGUCGCCCCCAAGACGACCCUCAUCGAAACGAUAAUCAGGAAAUUUGAUACGCAUAAUCGUAGCUUUCUAGUGGCCAAUGCACAGCCGGAAUCGUGCCACAUCAUUUUCUGCUCCGAUGGUUUCUGCAAGAUGACCGGUUUCACACGGGCAGAGGUGAUGCAGCGGUCCGCCUGCACCGAGUUCCUGCAGGGCCAGAUGACCUCGCCGGCCGUCAUCCAGUCCAUCAAGGAGGCCCUGAGGAAAGGCGAGGAAAAACAUUUCGAGAUACUGUACUACCGGAAGAAUGGCAUGAAAUUUCUGUGUUCCGAGGUGAUAGCCCCGAUCCGUUCGGAGGUGGACGACAUCUCGCUGUUCAUCAUCAAUUUCGAGGAUCUCACCAAUCCGACCACGCCGGAACCACUGGAACCGGUCAAGCUGAGCAAAUGCUCAGUUCCGUUCCUUUCAGUUGACCGCGCAAGGGCUAGCUUUCGACAAUCGUUCCGUAUCGGGCACAUUGCACUGCGGGAUAGGGGUCUCCGGCUGGCCGGCUAUCUGACCCCGCCAUCCGAUGCCACCCAGGAGGAGGAGGAAGUGGGAAUUAACAAAAGUGCCAUCGAGAGGGGGUUUUGCAGCGAUAGGGUAAGCCAAACGACGGUGCUAAAGGUGGAAACGAAUAUAUGGACGCCAAUGUCGACCCCGGCGUUGACGAGAACGAAAGAAUUGGACGCCUUACCGCCGGACGUUGAUACGCUCAGUGGACCAGGAGAAAUUGUGAUAACCACGCCGGUGGCCAGUGGCUCUGCCAAGACGACCAAACUGGAGGCGACACCCAGCGAGCUUCCAGCGUCGAUCACCGACAUCAAACCAGAGUUUCAGCAAACCAAAAGUUUAGACUUUGAGAUACAAUCAAAACUGCUGCAUAUUGGCAAGCAAACGCCUAACAAAUAUUUCGAACACACUAAACUAAUCCAGUCUUAUGAAAGUACGCACGCGAAAAAUUGUCGAGGGUUAAUUGAAAAGCGUGCUCAUACGAUAGACGAUUUUAUGCGAGGACCCACGAGCCAUCACGCGCGACACUAUUUUCCGUACGUGUCCUCCGAGAGCGACCUCCAACGCUACAAAGCAGUGCCAUUAAAGCAGAACUCGAGUCGCGAACCGCGAACCAGUUCAUCACUUUCGAAUGUGCCUUCAGAUUCUACUAAAACUAAGGAUAAUGGAUCCGCAAAAUAUUUUCAGGGAACAAGACAAACAAUAAAUAUGGGUGAAAAAGUAGCACAGGUCCUUUCGCUCGGCGCCGAUGUACUACCGGAAUACAAACUACAGAGUCCACGUGUUCACAAAUGGACAAUACUGCACUACUCUCCGUUCAAGGCGGUGUGGGACUGGAUAAUAUUAAUAUUAGUUAUGUAUACAGCAAUAUUUACCCCCUACGUAGCAGCAUUUUUGCUGAACGAACCUGACUUUAAUCAAAGAAAGAACCGCAAGUACGCGGACGACCCAAUUGUGAUAAUUGAUUUAAUAGUGGAUGUAACAUUCGUCAUAGAUAUAUUAAUUAAUUUCCGAACAACGUUCGUCAACGGCCAGGAUGAGGUGGUGUCGCAUCCAGGCCGCAUCGCGGUACAUUACUUGAGCGGUUGGUUUCUGAUCGACCUGGUGGCGGCCAUCCCGUUCGACCUGCUGCUGGUCGGGAGUGAUACGGACGAGCUUGGCUUGGACAAAGAUGAGACAACGACUCUAAUUGGUUUAUUGAAAACGGCACGUCUAUUGCGUCUAGUGCGAGUGGCAAGAAAGAUCGAUCGCUAUUCGGAAUAUGGCGCUGCUGUUUUAGUAUUACUGAUGGCUACCUUUGCACUAAUCGCUCACUGGCUGGCUUGUAUUUGGUAUGCAAUCGGUAACGCUGAACGGCCAACGAUGAAAAACAAAAUCGGCUGGCUGGAUGCGCUGGCCGACGCCACCCAAGAAUAUUACUAUGCCAACAACACCGGUGGAGGACCGUCGAUAAAGUCACGCUACGUGACGGCGCUGUACUUCACCUUUACCUCGUUAACUUCGGUGGGCUUCGGCAAUGUGGCACCCAACACGGACGCCGAGAAAAUAUUCACGAUAUGCGUGAUGCUGGUCGGCUCCCUCAUGUAUGCCAGCAUCUUCGGUAACGUUUCGGCCAUCAUUCAGCGGUUGUACUCCGGAACGGCCCGGUAUCACACACAAAUGCUACGUGUUCGCGAGUUCAUACGAUUCCACCAGAUUCCGAACCCACUGCGGCAACGAUUGGAGGAAUACUUUCAGCACGCCUGGACGUACACGAACGGAAUCGAUAUGAACUCGGUACUGAAAGGGUUUCCCGAGUGCCUGCAGGCCGACAUCUGUCUGCACCUGAACCGGAACCUGCUCAACAAUUGCUCCGCCUUCGAGGCAGCCAGUCCUGGCUGCUUAAGAGCACUUUCGUUAAAGUUUAAAACAACCCACGCACCACCCGGUGACACUUUGGUGCACAAAGGAGACGUCCUCACGUACCUUUACUUUAUAGCGCGAGGUUCUAUAGAGAUUUUAAAAGACGAUGUAGUCAUGGCGAUAUUAGGGAAAGAUGAUAUUUUCGGUGAGAAUCCCUGCACGCACGCGACGCUGGGAAAAUCGAACAGUAAUGUUAAAGCAUUAACUUAUUGUGAUCUACAUAAGAUUCAUAGAGAUGACUUAUUAGACGUGUUAGAUUUAUUUCCGGAAUUUUAUGAUAGUUUUGUAAAUAGUUUGGAAAUUACGUAUAAUAUGAGAGAUGAGGAACAAGCGGGAAUAGAGUUAAGGCAUCGGCAUAUGCGGCUAGGGUCACAGGAUCGGGACAGUGACACGCGAUCCUACGUUAGAAGGAUAAGCACGAUGCACCACCAUAGACCCAGUCAGAACAAAUGUGAUAUUCCAAAUGAUAGAAGUUCGGGACAAAUAAGCACUAACUUCGACGAUGAUCGAAAGUUCUCUAUAUCAGGAAUGAUGUCUCAUAUAAAGCGAAGCAUACCAGAUCUUAGAUCGAACAAACAUCAACCACUAACCAGUACUUGUGCAUCUCCUAACGAAAGUCCCAAAAGCUCGCACAAGCACAGUCCGCCCAGCGAUCACCAGUCGCCGAAGGGAGCGCCGGAUACCGUCACGCUGAGUGCCCUCAGCAAUCGAGCCUGCGCAUGUGGCUCCAAAGAGCCGCCACCGCCCAUAAGUCGGCCCGGUACCAUCGUCGGCACCGGAACCGUGGACCUCAAUAUCAAGUGCAUCAGUCCGGACGAGGACGUGUUCCAUCACACUGCACCGGUGACCGGUACCAGCGCCGGCCAACAUCGGAUUGCCGGUGAACAGCGCCUGCCACAUCAGGAUAAUCUAGGGUCACUAUCAAAUCAACUAUCCGAUUUAACGAUAAGACUAGACAAUUUAGAAGGUAGCCUGAAGAAAGAUAUCAGAACGAUUCUGGACAUUCUGCAUCAGCAGCAGCAGAUGCAGCUGCAGUUCCACCACCAGCAGCUGCAGCACCAACAGCAGCAGAUGCAGCAGUCCGGCAAGACAGGAAUGUCAUCGUAUCAACCGUCCGAGAGUGAUUUCUCCUUCGACAUGUGCGGAGGGGUCAGCGGCGUCGGAGACCCGGGCAGCAGUAUGGCCAAGCAUCAACAAGCGCAACAACGAACCAACGUGCAGCGGUCCGUCUCGCAGCCCGAGUGCGCCAACGAAAAAAGCCUUUUCAAGUGCUCAAAAUUUUCCUCGUUCAACCAACCGAUGGAUGACACCCCGGAGGGUCACAAUUGGAACAUUUUCGCACCAAUCGCCAAGCUCGAAUCGCUGGACGAAAUCGAUCAAGAUAGUAAACAUUCCAUCACUCAAGAGAAGCCUCAAUAACAUCUGCUUUAGGAUAUGGUUAAGAGAUAGCCGUUCAGUAGCGGAUACAAGUCUAGCAAAACAACAAAACAGAAACAUAAACUUUAGUCCUUCAGUAGGAAGGAAGCAGCAGCAAAAAUCGUCAAACGUAUCUGUACAUAAUGCUUGAGAAUAAUUUUAGAUGUUCACCUUUGAUUAUAUCGAUCGAUUCAAAAGUAAAAGCAAAGGGUAAGCUAAACGACGACACUUGUACAUUUUUCAUAUAAGUACUGAACAUACUUUAUACGAGAUAUCAGCUAGUUUUUACGAGAGCAAAACAAGAAAAAAACUGAAAAACAAAUCGAAAACACAAAACACGCAUAGUUAGAACGCAGAGUGGAUAGACAAGGAGAAAAAGAGAUAAAAAGCAAAAAAAGACAGCGGAGAGCGCCUUUAUAAUUUUAACUAUUGUUAUUACUAUUAAUUACGUGCUUAGUACAAGUCGAAGCGUGCAGCUGAGUAAACCUUAACGACGUAGAGAAGAACUUUAUCUUACGCAAGCAAUUGAAUUCGACAAUGAGUUUGUCAUUUUCUUAGAUACAAUUUUUCACCUUUUCCCUUAGGGCGUUAUUUGAUUAAGUAAUUGAAUGCUCGAACCGAGUAGCAAAUUUACGUCAAUUCCGUUAGACAGUUUGACAGUAUUAUCACGCUGCUCGAGGGCACGAUUUUCCUUGAGUUAGCUUUGAAGUCUGCUAUCGGCGAAACAAAAAAAAGUGAUUACUCUGAAAUUUCUUUUACAAAAAGAAAUCCACGUACGGUAUAGUCAAACUAACUCCAACAUCGCGAACUCUACUGAAAUUGCGUUACGAAAUGUUCCUUAGUAUUAUUGUUCGAAUUUUGUAACUCCAGAGUAAAAUAUUAGCUGUUUUUUUCUGUUGAGCAGGCUACAAAAUGGUUGAAAGUACAGACAGAACUCACACUCAUGUAAUGAAAGAAAAAAAAAACAAAACAAACAAACAAAACUAUUCAAAAGUCAUACCAAACAAAGUUAUUGCAUACACCAAACUUACACUGCAAUUAAUUACAAACACUUCCUUCGGUUGACGCGUUUCACACCUUUCCAUAGCAAAUUACAUUUACCACCACCAAGACUCAAGCGCAAAAUGGAAGAAAGAAAGCAAAAAAAAAACAAAAAUGACCGUCUGUCCCCAUUCCUACCCGCGAGGACAUACCUACAUGUUUCCAAAUUAAGAGUUAUUACUUUUGUCCCUUUUUCGAACGUUAAAAACAAAAGCAUUAUGUUUCACAGCAAACAAAAAAUCACACAAAAUAAACGCAUUGAAAGAACUGAGAAAAGUAAACUUUAUAGAAAAUGUACGGAAAAUAAAAAAACCAUACGAGCAAAAAAGAGGCGGCUUUCUUUUCUGUUGAA